UGUGUGUCUCUGUCCCUGUGUGUCUCUGGAGAUGCCCUGCAGUUGUUGGCACACUCUUUGUUGCCAUCGAUGCUUUUGGUGCUUAUCAGAAGACGAGAAAGUCGCCUUUGACAUCAACAAAAAGAUCAACCAGGCUCUGAAACAGCAGAAAAAGCGACGGAAGAAAGAGUUGAAGCUCUUAUUGUUGGGUACCGGAGAGAGCGGGAAAAGCACGUUUAUCAAACAGAUGCGGAUCAUCCACGGGUCCGGAUACUCGGAGGAAGAACGGAAAGCCUUCGCGAAGCUGGUUAAUCAGAACAUAGUCACAGCCGUGCAGUCGCUGACCAGAGCCAUGGACAGCCUGAACAUUCCUUACCAACACCAGCACAGUAAGCGCAACGCUGAGCUCAUCAAGGACAUCGAAGCUUAUAAGGUCAACACCCUUGAGACGCACUUCACGGACGCGAUCAGAGGCUUAUGGAGCGAUCCCGGGAUAAGAGCCUGUUACGAGAGACGGAGAGAGUUCCAGCUCCUAGACUCCACUACCUAUUACCUGAAUAGCAUUAACCGUAUCUCAGCCAGUGAUUACAUCCCUUCUGACCAAGAUGUCCUGAGGGUACGUGUUCCCACGACGGGGAUCAACGAGUAUUCGUUCAACAUGGACAAAAUUUCAUUAAGGAUAGUGGACGUGGGUGGACAGAAGUCCGAGAGAAGGAAAUGGAUCCACUGCUUUGAGAACGUCACCUCGGUCAUAUUCCUGGCGUCACUCAGCGAAUACGAUCAGGUCCUGGAGGAGAGUGAGAACGAGAACCGGAUGAAGGAGAGCUUGGCUCUGUUCCACUUCAUCCUGAAGUCCAGUUGGUUCGAGAACUCGUCAAUGAUCCUCUUCCUGAACAAAAAGGACAUCCUGGAGGAGAAGAUCCUCACCUCCCAUUUAGGAGAUUAUUUCCCCGAAUUCCACAAUUCCAAGAAUUCCAAGAAAAACGCCACGGAUGCCAUGGAUUUUAUCCUGCAGAUGUACCUGAGAGAGAACGAGCUGCGGCGAACCAUCUACACACACUUCACCUGUGCCACGGACACAGAGAACAUCAGGAAGGUCUUUAUGGAUGUCAGAGACACGGUGCUGGUACAGAGCCUGAGAGACCUGGAUUUACUGUAGAGAGACCCUUGGGGAUGAAG